CUCCCGGCCGGCCCCAGCCUCAACCCCACAGCCUCGAACCCCCCUCCUCGGCCAUGAGCAGCCUCCUCCUCCUCUUCCUCACCUUCCUCCUCCUCAGCACCGGCCUCACUGCUGAGGGGGGACCCCACAGGGACCGAGGCGGGGACGGGGGAGGACGAGGAGGGAGGGGGUCGCCCCUAUCGCCGCCUCUAUCGCCACCCAUGUCGCCGACAGUAUCGCCGACCCCUGUGUCGCCACGGGUGAGGUUCAGCCUCCACUCGGCCUCCGAGGCCGAAGGCUGCCCGCUGGCCCUGGGGCAGGAGGGGAGCCUGAAGGAGUGCGGCUUCAACGCCACCGCCAAGAGCUUCUUCAUCAUCCACGGCUGGACGAUGAGCGGCAUGUUCGAGACGUGGCUGGGCAGCCUGGUGGCCGCCCUGCAGGAGCGGGAGAAGGAGGCCAACGUGGUGGUGGUGGACUGGCUCUCGCUGGCCCACCAGCUCUACACGGACGCGGUGAACAACACGCAGGUGGUGGGGAGAAGCAUAGCCCGGCUGCUCGACUGGUUACAGGAAAAUCCUCUUUUUAAGCUUGAGAACGUCCACCUGAUCGGGUACAGCCUGGGCGCACACGUCGCUGGCUUCGCUGGCAACCACGUCCACGGGACGAUUGGCAGAAUUACAGGCUUGGAUCCAGCCGGCCCCAUGUUCGAAGGAGUGGACCCCAGCAAGCGCCUCUCCCCUGACGAUGCCAGCUUCGUGGACGUCCUGCACACCUACACGAGGGAGACGCUGGGGGUGAGCAUUGGGAUCCAGAUGCCUGUGGGCCACGUUGACAUCUACCCCAACGGGGGAGACUUCCAGCCCGGCUGCGGAUUAAGCGAUGUCUUAGGAGCGAUUGCCUACGGGACACUUGGUGAAGUGGUUAAAUGUGAGCACGAGCGGUCUGUGCACCUGUUUGUGGACUCCCUCGUGAACCAAGAUAAACAAAGCUUCGCGUUUCAAUGUACUGAUUCCAGUCGCUUCAAGAAGGGAAUCUGCCUGAGCUGCCGGAAGAACCGCUGCAGCGGCAUCGGCUACAACGCCAGGAGAACGCGGAACAAAAGGAACAGCAAGAUGUACUUAAAAACAAGAGCUGACAUGCCCUUCAAAGUCUACCAUUACCAGAUGAAAAUGCACGUCUUCAGCUACAAAAACCUGGCAGAGGCUGACCCCACGUUCUCUGUCACCCUGCAUGGCACCAACGGAGACUCCGAGCCCCUCUCCUUGGAGAUGCUGGAUCAAAUCGGCCUCAAUGCUACCAACACCUUCCUGGUCUAUACAGAAGAGGACAUGGGGGAGCUGUUAAAAAUCAAGCUCACCUGGGAGGGCACGUCGCAGUCCUGGUACGAUCUGUGGAAGGAGCUGAAGAGUUACUGGUAUCGGCCCGCCAAGGCUGCCCAGGAACUGCACAUCAGGCGGAUACGCGUGAAAUCGGGGGAAACGCAGCAGAGGUUUGCUUUCUGUGUAGAGGACUUCCAGCUGACCCGCAUAUCUCCUGGCAAAGAGCUCUGGUUUGUCAAGUGCGCAGACGACUGGAAAAAAAGGCCUGUCUCAAACUCGCUCUGAAGACUUUCCCCAAGACUUACCACGGAGCGACCAGGAUGCACGAGGACCACGAAAGUGGAAGGAUGCUCUGGCAAAAACCUGGCUUGGUAGCACUUAAAGCAAAUGUCUUUUUCAAGACAAAACCUCUUGAAUCGGGUGCAAGAAACAGAGGAGACAUUGAUGGACCUAGAAUAACUAGAACUGUGUCCUCCCUUCCCUGGGGAGCCUGGCUUAUGCAUUUAGCCUUACCUUGACCUGUUAGACGCUGCGUUUCCUGCCUGCUCCCACUAACCAGAGCUACAGAUGAGAUCUUAAACCUCAGCAAUGAUCUUCUGGUCUGCCUGCCGGGGGAGCUGAGAAGAUAAUUGUGCUAGCUGCUCAGCAGGCUGCUGGUAACAGAGCUGCCAAGAACAAAUUAGCGUCUAGCGUAGGCGUUGCUGCAAAUCCUAUAGCACUGGGGGCUGGGGGAAGGUGAGACCUGCACCCACCGAGCAUGAGGAGCUCUUUAGGGGUGUGGAGCUCUUUAGGGGAGGGGUGGGAAUCAGCACAACGCCCCUUCCCCUUGUCCUGUGACUUCACCUCAUCCCGUGCCUUGAAAAUCCGUCCUGUGUCUGGCCGAUGGUGAGAUCUGUGCCUGUCGCCCUGUCUGAAGGCAGAGCACUCCGUCCCCCCCUCGUAUUUAGCCCUGGAUGCAGGGCUGAUGGCAGCUGAUGGUGCUGGCAGCUGCUCCCCAGCAAGGCUUGGAGGUGUUAAUCCCUUCACAAGAGGCAAACGGCAGCUGCCCUUCCACCAAAUGCAGCAGAGGAGGAAGGGAACGAACUGAACCCUCUCAGGAGAGCUCUGCACCACUCCUCGGAACUACUGAGACCCCGUUCGCCCCUGCUCCGUUGCUGCUGUAGUCCCGGCGUGUAAUUAAGACCUCCUUUCAGAAUUAAGACCUGAUUUUUAGGCCAAGCACUUAACUGAGCCAAACAGACAAGAGCCUGCCUUCACUGCCCCAACGCCCCGCUUGGAUUUCCCCGGUGCCAGAUGAGCUGGGCCCGCAGCCGUCCCGUUUGCUGCAGCAGAGUGGACCCUGUCCGGGGUGAACUAUUUAUUUAUUGCUCUUAAUUUUCGGAAGGAGACUCGGCCUGACAACUCCCGAACGAUCGGCGUGCAGAAAGACAGUCUGAAAAGGGUGUUGCCACAUGGUGCACUGAGUUCUGAAGACCUCAGAGCUCUCAGAGUUUUUUUUUUGUUGUAGAGCUUCAAUCCAACCAAAGCAAGCACAUUUGGAGAUCUUUUUUUUUUUUUCCAUGGUUUUAAGCAAAGGCUUCAAUAAGUGGAGCUUUUUGGUAAGUAGCUGAGGCUUGUCACCAUGCCAUCCUCAGAGUGGCUUCAAAGCCCUGUUUGUAUAUUGUGGUUUUUGUACGACUUCAAAACCUUAUUUAUUUCUCGUGCUGUACAUAUGUAAAAAUUGAAAGAUUUUUGGUUCGGAGUAACACUUUUUAUAAGCCUUAAGACAAAGAAAUAAAAUAAAGAGCUUUGUAAAAAUCA